CCAAAUAUCAAGUUAGAACUCAAUCCAAUAUCAAAGAAUCUUGGAAUCCAAAACUGCACGUUCAAGAAACACAAGAUGCAAGAGCCUCUAGAUUCAUAUCCAAUCUCGCAAGACCUUCUUGAGAAACAAAAGCAAUACCAAGAAGAUCAAGAGCCACAACCUAAAACCCUAACCAAAGCUAAGAACAAGAGAGUAGCUCUACUCCCUCUAAUCUUUCUCAUCUAUUUCCAUGUCUCCGGCGGUCCCUACGGCCAAGAGUCAGUCGUGGGGGCGGCUGGGCCCUUCUUUGCUAUCCUUGGCUUCAUCGCGUUCCCCCUUCUUUGGAGUGCCCCGGAAGCUCUCAUCACCGCCGAGCUCUCCACCGCCUUCCCCAACAACGGUGGCUUCGUCAUAUGGGCCCAUGCGGCCUUCGGCCCCUUCUGGGGUCACCUCAUUGGGUCAUGGAAGUUCUUCAGUGGUGUCAUAAACCUAGCCACUUUUCCUGGCCUCUGCAUAGGCUAUGUUGAGUCCAUCGGGCCGGGUCUUGUCUCUUCGACCCUGACCCGCUUUUCCGUCGUUUUCUUUUCCACUUCAAUCCUUUCUUUGAUGAAUUUCACUGGUUUACAUGUGGUGGCUUAUGCUUCCAUACCUUUGGCCAUAUUAUCACUCCUUCCAUUUUUAGCACUUUCUUUCAUUGCCAUUCCCCAGAUUGAUCCUAGCAGGUGGGUUGUUGUGAAUCAAGUUGGUAAGGACAAAGAAUGGAAACGCUUCUUUAAUUCCCUCUUAUGGAACUUGAAUAGUUGGGACAGUGUUAGUACUAUAGUUGGCGAGAUAAAAAAGCCAGAGCAAACUCUACCGAAAGCACUUGUCUCAUCCAUGGGGCUGACUUCUAUAGCUUACUUGAUACCUCUUCUGGCUUGCAUUGGAGCCAUAAAAAUUGACCUAGACGAUUGGAUCGACGGGUACUACGCCGUUAUAGCGGAGGAUAUUGCCGGGCCAUGGCUGAAAAGGAUGAUCAAACUCGGGUCGGUGAUAUCUGGCUGCGGACUCUUCCAAGCCCAACUGAGUAGCUGUUCCUACCAACUUCAAGGCAUGGCGGAUCUGGGAAUCCUGCCUCGGGUUUUCGGAAAAAGAUCGGCGUUUUUCGACACCCCGUGGGUCGGGAUCGUGCUCUCAACAUUCAUAGGCCUGGUCGUUUCCGCACUCCGACUUCAGAACCUGAGGAUCGCGGUGAAUUUCUUGUACAGCAUGGGAAUGUUUCUGGAGUUUGGCUCAUUUCUUUGGUUGAGAGUCAAGUUUCCUGAGGCGGCAAGGCCGUUCAAGGUUCCAGUAGGACUUUACGGCCUCAUAGCGAUGUGCUCAUUUCCGUGUGUUGUUCUGUUGUACUUGAUUUUCGUCGCUGGCCUAGGUGUUUAUUUGCUGUGUUCUGCGCUGACAUUGCUUGGGAUUGUUUUCUACUUUUUGAUGGGCGUUUUCAAGUCCAACAUGCUUCUUGACUUCAACAACAACGAGAAAAAGCUAGUGGAUGAUAAUAUGGGACAUUAUGAAAAAAUUGUGAAAUAAGGAGGACGAUUCUUAUAUUUUAGUGUGUCCAAACGAUAUAUUUGUGGCUAAUUGUGGUGAUGCAUGUUUAGUGAUUGGAAUAUAUAUAUAUAUAUAUAUACUGUGGAUGUACAUUAUAUAAAGCCUCUGAAAAUGUAGUGUCAUGAGUUUCUUAUGAUCUGCUUAUCUAUGUAUUUUUGUACGGGAAAUAAAUUAUUGUAAUCCAUCUUAUGAUAUAUAAGUACUACAUCCAAGACGCGAUAGUUUGUUUAACGUUCCUAA